CCCCCGCGCCUAGGCUGCUCCCUGCUGACUGGGGUGUGGGCGGGGAGCGGCGGAGGGAGGAGGAGGCGCUGCUGGCCGCCGCCGUUGCCGCCGCUGCUGGCUGCCUGGGCAGCUCCCCGGGUUUCUGCGGCCGCCAUGGAUGAGCAGGCGGGUCCUGGCGUGUUCUUCAGCAACAACCACCCGGGCGCCGGCGGUGCCAAGGGUCUCGGGCCUCUGGCGGAGGCUGCCGCGGCCGGCGACGGGGCGGCUGCAGCGGGGGCGGCCCGAGCCCAGUACAGCCUCCCGGGGAUCCUGCACUUCCUGCAGCACGAGUGGGCCCGCUUCGAGGUGGAGAGAGCCCAGUGGGAGGUGGAGCGGGCGGAGCUGCAGGCCCAGAUUGCCUUCCUUCAGGGGGAAAGGAAAGGUCAAGAAAAUUUGAAGAAGGAUCUUGUGAGGAGGAUCAAAAUGCUGGAGUAUGCUCUUAAACAGGAAAGAGCCAAAUACCACAAGUUGAAAUAUGGGACAGAAUUGAAUCAGGGAGAUAUGAAGCCUCCAAGCUAUGAUUCUGAUGAAGGUAAUGAAACAGAGAUGCAGCCACAACAAAAUAGUCAGUUAAUGUGGAAACAAGGUCGACAACUACUCAGACAGUAUCUGCAGGAGGUGGGUUACACAGAUACUAUUCUAGAUGUGAAGUCUAAACGAGUGCGAGCUUUGUUGGGCUUUCCAAGUGAUGUCACUGACAGGGAAGAUGACAAAAAUCAGGACUCAGUUAUAAAUGGCACAGAGGCUGAAGUUAAAGAGACAGCAAUGAUUGGAAAAUCCGAGUUAACAGAUUCUGCCUCAGUGCUGGAUAAUUUCAAAUUUCUUGAAAGUGCAGCUGCAGAUUUCAGUGAUGAAGAUGAAGAUGAUGACAUUGAUGGAAGAGAGAAAAGCAUCAUUGAUACUUCAACAAUUGUUAGGAAAAAAGCAUUGCCUGAUAGCAGUGAAGAUCGAGAUACAAAAGAAGCUCUAAAGGAGUUUGACUUCUUGGUUACAUCAGAGGAAGGAGAAAAUGAGUCUAGAAGUGCAGGCGAUGGAACAGACUGGGAAAAGGAAGACCAGUGUCUCAUGCCUGAAGCUUGGAAUGUGGACCAGGGAGUAAUUACCAAACUCAAGGAACAAUACAAAAAGGAGAGAAAGGGGAAAAAGGGGGUGAAGAGAAAAACUACCGAAGAUCUGUUUCAGCCUCUAUCCUAUAUAAAACAGUCAAAACAGGGAUGUGGGAGAAUGAAGAAUCAAAGAUUAGGACCCAAUAGGUCAAAACUACAAGAUAUGCUUGCUAAUUUGAGAGAUGUUGAUGAACUUCCCUCAUUGCAACCAUCUGUGGGUUCACCUUCCAGACCCAGCAGCUCCAGGCUUCCUGAGCAUGAAAUAAAUAGGGCAGAUGAAGUGGAAGCAUUGACGUUUCCUCCUUCUUCUGGGAAGUCGUUCAUUAUGGGAGCAGAUGAAGCCCUUGAAAGUGAACUAGGACUUGGAGAAUUGGCAGGCCUUACAGUGGCCAAUGAAGCAGAUUCACUAACUUAUGAUAUAGCAAACAAUAAAGAUGCACUGAGGAAGACGUGGAACCCUAAGUUUACACUAAGAAGUCACUUUGACGGCAUUCGAGCCCUUGCUUUCCACCCCACUGAGCCUGUUUUGAUAACAGCAUCGGAGGAUCACACUUUAAAAAUGUGGAAUUUACAGAAAACAGCCCCAGCCAAAAAGAGUACUUCUCUUGAUGUGGAGCCUAUCUAUACAUUCAGGGCUCAUAAAGGUCCAGUGCUCUGUGUGGUAAUGAGCAGCAAUGGUGAGCAGUGUUAUAGUGGUGGCACUGAUGGACUGAUCCAGGGCUGGAACACCACCAACCCCAACAUCGAUCCCUAUGAUUCUUAUGAUCCUUCUGUUUUAAGAGGCCCUCUGCUAGGCCACACUGAUGCCGUCUGGGGUCUGGCUUACAGUGCAGCACACCAGCGUUUGUUGUCCUGUUCAGCAGAUGGCACUCUCCGUUUGUGGAAUACAACUGAGGUUGCUCCAGCCCUAAGUGUAUUUAAUGAUAAUCAAGAAUUGGGAAUCCCUGCCUCUGUGGAUCUAGUGAGCAGUGACCCAAGCCAUAUGGUAGCAUCAUUCAGCAAAGGAUAUACAAGCAUCUUUAACAUGGAGACACAACAACGCAUUCUCACUUUAGAAUCCAAUCCAGAUACGAUAGCCAGCUCUUCCUGCCAAAUAAAUAGAGUCAUCAGUCAUCCCACUCUUCCCAUCAGCAUCACUGCACAUGAAGACAGGCACAUCAAAUUCUAUGAUAACAAUACAGGCAAACUGAUCCACUCGAUGGUAGCCCACCUAGAAGCUGUUACAAGUUUAGCGGUUGAUCCUAAUGGCCUGUACUUGAUGUCUGGCAGUCAUGACUGUUCAAUACGUUUAUGGAACCUAGAAAGUAAGACGUGUAUCCAGGAGUUCACAGCUCAUCGGAAAAAAUUUGAAGAAUCAAUUCAUGAUGUAGCUUUCCACCCAUCCAAAUGCUAUAUAGCCAGUGCUGGGGCUGAUGCACUGGCUAAAGUCUUUGUAUGACACAUUGCAUCAUCUUCACCUUCUAGCUCUUUAUAAAUAAUCAACUGCACAAAAGAGAUACCAGAAGACCAGGGCAAGAACCAACCCGUCCUGCCCUUUUGUUCUGCUGAAGGAGCACAGAGAACAUUUGUUAAAGUAUAGUUUUGCAAUUCGUAUACUGUUUUCUAAAACUAAGGUUUGUUCAGGUUGCUGCAAGUUCAGCUGAAUCUGUGAACCUGAAAACUGUUUCAAAUUUUCCCCAAAUAAGAACGUUUAUUUCUGAAGUUGUUCUAAUUCGCUAGGCAGGCCUAAGCGAACAUAGGUGUUUAGCUUGUCCCUGUUUAAAUAGGGCACACUAUAAGGGAUCAUUAAAAAGCUUGAUAGCUGGGAAUGAGCAGAGGAAGAAUGGAAAUUCAGACCUAGUUCUCCCCUGAGAAAUCUUGUCACGCACAUUAGGUAGGCAAAAGAGUAAUCUUCACCAUAUCUGUUGUACUCACCCCUGUGUGCAUAAUGACCAGGCAGUGUUAAAAUGAGUUUUUAAUUUAGCUCUCCUUUCAACUGUUCACAUAAAGCACCUGGCAAAGCAUUUUACCUAUUGGGGGAAAAAAAAGAAAUGCAAUAGUAUGUUAAAUAUAUUAUUCAGAAAUGCUAAAUGAAUAGUUUGUAAGCAGAUUUCUAUAUUGUAUUACAUUUUUGAAAUAGAUUUGGUACCAUUCUAAAGUUUAGCUUUCACAAACACUCACCAUUAUGAAGAAUAGUUGAUAGAGUCUGCUUUUACUAAAGGAUUUAACUUAUUCAGGUUUAAGAUUAUGUUUAUUUUUAAGUUCAAGCAGGGCAUAUCUUUAUAAUAAUCUCUAUUAAUUUUAAAAUUCACUUUAUUCCUGUGAUAUUUAUAGUACCAGAGUGAUUAUUUCAUAUCAAUGAAGUCUUACCUUUCAGUGGUUGAAAAAAUGGAAGUGAUUUGCAAGUACUUGUCAAAACCUACAUAACUGUGCUUCAGAUGAUCUCUGUUCUUUCUUCUUUGUCUCUCGUAUUUGAAUUUCUGGCACCUGCCAAAAAUAGUUCAAAAUUAUUAUGUUUUAACAGUCCAAAGGGUAUGGUUAACCUCAGGCAGCUGCUUUUGCAGAAGUACUAAAUAAAGCAAAUGUUUUAUACCCCAAAAGUCCUUCAUUAAUAUCUCCCAAAAAGGAGAAACUCCCAAGAAGGAGAAACUCCUAGAAAUCUAGAUGGAAGAGUUCAGUGCAUAGUAUUGGCUGAAGAGUUGUCUCUCUCUUUCCCUCUCCCAACCCCUUUUCCAUUGUUUAAUUGGAAUACACGGCAUGAUUUAAUGGGCAGCGAAUCAACAUUGUGUCUGGGAAAAACCAUCUCUUAAAGGACCAGGGUUUCCUGAGCUCCCCUUGCCUGUGACCUGCAUAGGGCCAGCUCUUGGGAUUCCUGUGGCCUCACUCUCUGGACCUGGUGUAUAGACCUCAUCCCUACAACUGUCUUGCCUCUCCUCACACUCUCUGUCUUGUUUGCCCAAAAUGUCAGAGGCCAAUCUAGAAAUUAGAAAUAAAUUACUAAUGUCCAACUUUUCAGUGAAAUGUAUAUGUAAUAGGCUCUCAGACUUAAAAAAAUUCAUAUCCGUAAAUAUUUUAACCUUUUAAUAUAAUCCCCACAUUUCUAUCUCCCCACAUAUUCCAUUGUCAUAACAAUGGCACUUCUGAUGAUACGUUUAUCUGCUCCUUGAAGAAAUAUUCUGGUGGUGAUGUGGAUAAUAAUUGACAAUUUUUGUGUAAAGUUUCUGCUUGUCUGUCUCUAGAAUUCUGCAGUCUGCAGGCAAAUUUUCUUUAAAGUUAAAGGCCUGUGCUAGAUUUGCCUGAUUGAUAAACAGAUUUACUUUAAUUAAUUUGACACAGGUGUGUUAUUUCAUCUGUGCUUUGGUUAAGAGUGGACUCAAGUGAUUCCUUCAUGUAAUCAAAUGGAUUGACCUGGA